AUGAGUCAAUCACCACUUACUCAAGUCAGUCCAGAUAGUGAACAUAGUACCAUAAUAUCACAGGAUAAAUUUUUUAAUAAUAAUACUAAGACCGAAGACACAGCAACCCAAACUCCUUCGAAAAAUGCUUCCAUCUCAACUAGCAAUACAUCCACUACCCUUGCAAAUGCAGGUCAACCCGCACCAACAAGUCCUAAAUCUCCAGCAAACACGGGUGCGACCCAACGUCCACUACCACGUUCAUUUUUCUCUUUACUUUUUUGUUGCACAUGGGGACCUGGUGCUAUAGUCAACGAUGGUGACAAAGUGGAACCCACCACCGUAUCCCCUGCUACCGUCACACCGUCCACGACUGCACCCAAAAUCACUCCCAAAAAAUCGACAGAAGAAAAAUCUUCAGAUGAGCCGGUAGUAUCUGAAAACCCAGUGGAAGAACCAAUUGAGGAGGUUGAGCGUAAAAGCCUGCUUGCACCAAUAGCUCCUGAACAUUUAGGAAAAAAAUGUUUGGUGCUAGAUUUGGAUGAAACCCUAGUGCAUAGCUCAUUUAAGUUUAUCCAACAAGCCGACUUUGUUGUACCGGUUGAAAUUGAAAAUCAAAUACAUAAUGUUUAUGUGAUAAAACGACCAGGUGUCGAUCAAUUUUUGAGAAAGAUGGGCGAAAUAUAUGAGGUUGUUGUGUUUACGGCCAGCUUGUCCAAGUACGCUGAUCCUGUCCUUGAUAUGCUGGAUCAAACUAAAGUGGUGAAGCAUCGGCUAUUCAGAGAAUCUUGUUAUAAUCACAAAGGGAAUUAUGUGAAGGACUUGUCACAACUCGGUAGGGAGCUUCGGGAAACCAUCAUUAUUGACAAUUCACCGGCUAGUUAUAUUUUUCACCCCACUAAUGCAGUUCCGAUAUCUUCAUGGUUUAAUGACCCUCAUGAUACCGAAUUGUUGGAUCUGAUACCAUUUAUGGAGGAUUUGACAACGGUAGAUGAUGUGAUGAUGGUUUUGGAUUCUUCUAAUGAAGCUCACUAG